CGCUCUUUAUCUUUAUCCGGCGACACGUUAACGCGGAAGCGCUAUUUACGAACCUGUGUUGACAUGCGACUGAAAACUUGAGAUACUUGAAAGGCUUUCAGAUAUUGACGGACCGGUAUUAGGAGUGCAGUGGACUAAAUAAAUGCAACCAUACCCUGUGGUACAUGUUACUACCCAACUAACCCGUAUUUAGCUGCAUUCAGCAGCUAUGACGCUCAAGAUGAACAAAGAUUCAGCCGUUCUUCAGGGUGCUUUCCUGCAUGCUGAUAAGCUGUGCUCCCCUUCGUCCCUGAGCUCGAUUGAGAAAGCCGACUGGAGCCGAGUGGAACGCGUGCUCCUGGAAGCUAUCAGAGAAAUCUGCGGACAGGGGGAUGUCGACGGUCGUCCCAACCGAACAGCUUUGAGCUGGAAAAAGAAGAUAGUUUGUGUCAUGUGGCUGAAGCUGUUGUGCAAAGAGGCUGAAGAGGAUGUUGAGGUAGCAUGGAGGGAGAACCCUUUCUUCUCCCUCCAGAACAGCCUCCCUGAGAUGAACCGAGUCGUCCUGCUGGAGCUGGUUAAGUCAACAGCAGCCGCAGACGUAUAUACCAGUUUUCUCCUGUCUCUUCCUCGGCCUCAAAUCUGCACAGAGCUGGAAAGUCUGACGGAGCACGUGAGGAGCAAUCCCACGAAGGAAGACGAUAUUCGACUUUUUCUGGAGGUGUGGUGGGAACUGUGGAAGGGCAGAGAUCAACAGGAUGUGGGAGGAGAGGAAAGCAUGGAGAUGAUGUUUGCCACGCAGUUUGCUCGUCUCACCUCUGACUCUUCCAGUUUGUCUCCUCAAGCUGCCAAGAGGUUAAAACUAGAUGCAGCAGCUGUUCCAGGAGCAGUGCCAAACACUGAUGUUCUGCACAUUCUCCUUCAUGCGCUUAAGGACAUUAAAGACCAUGUAUCCUCAACAGACCUGUGCUUCCAGGCCCUGUCCAUUUCUCUCGAUGCUCUUUACACGUCCUUCCUAAUAGACCAAGAGAUUGUACUUCCACCCGAAGAGAAGGUGCACAUUUUGUCUAAAGUUGUCAGCACCAAAGUAAAGAACAAUGAAAUGCUGGGCCCUGAACUCGUUCGUCAGGCUCUGAGAGACUUGCAUGCUUCACACACACCAUCUAAAUUUGAGCCCAGCAGGAUGACGCUGUGUGAAGUCUUGGAGAUUAUAACAGAAGUCACUCAGUUCUGGCAAAACAAAGGCCUCCUGAAAGUGCAUGACGGCUCUAAUCCUAGCUACUCUGCGUUCAGACUAGAGCAGAGUGUCCGGAGAGUCCUGACAGCCUUGGACGACAGAGAACCGCCCGAAGCUGUGACUGCAAUGGAGGACGGAGAUACUGAGAAGAAUACACUCAGAGGUUUGCUGAAGUCGCUGGUGUUCACAGCCGUGGAGAGCAGCCCUGAGGUGAAUGCAAAAAUCACCACCACCAUCAUCAGCCACCGCCUGGAAGACUUUGAGAACUUUGCAGUGUUGUUUGCCAGCGAGACGUUCCUGGCAGCUUGUGACGAGCAGUGGUUGGACUGCCUGGAAAAGAACCAAGUGGCCUUCCGGCAGAACGAUGCUCUCAUCAGCCUCUCCUCCACCCUCAUGAGCAAACUCCACAGUGGGAGCUUAAAUGUGAACCAGUGCAGGAAACUGAUGAAAGUGACUGCAGACAUUUUCUCUGCGCUUUCAUUAGAAGACAAGAACAAAGCGUUGGCCACCAUGCUGACAUUAUCCAGCAGGGGGUUCUUUGGAUGCUCCGUUCCCUCAGCCACGUCUGAUGGGUUUGAACAGGAGCUCAACAUGGCCUUCAACUGCAUCAUCCAAGGGGGAGCGUCAGCAGUGGCGUCGCAGGGCAAUCUGAAAACGGCCGUGUCUUUAGUAGCCAGAGUGGCCUUUCAGAACCCAGAGGCCGCUUUGAGGUCCUGCUGCCAUUCGGCUAUUUUCAACAAAGGAGCUUUCUCUCUUAUGGCUAAGAUCCUGCAGCAGCUGCCUGGACUCAAAGGUCAGAGAGGACAAAAAGAUGAAGCUCAAUGCAGUGAAGAGGAAGACGAGGGAAGGGACGUUGUGAGUGGUAGCAGUCUGCUCUGUAGCUGUCUACAGGAAUUGACCAAGACUAAAUCGCUGUCAGCCAAUGAAAAAGAGCAGUUAGUCAAGUUUCUGGGUCUGCUGAUGACGCCGGUCGCAACAGCUGAGGAAGAAGAAAAGCAGCCAAGCUUCCUUCCCCCCCAGGAGGUUGUGACAACCUUCGUCCUGCCUCACCUCUCUGCUCCAGGUCACUGCUCUGUUGAUGCAGAACUGAGUCUGCAGCUUCUGCAUAAUGCUUUGUCUGUGGACGUCCAGGAAGCCGCCCGUUCUCCUCACUGGGUGUUGGACUGCUCCCCCUUUCCCCUCCUCUACGUCCUGGCCCAGCUACACGACCAGGCUCUCAGAUGUUGGGAGCAGCCACCAGAGAGCGCUGUCCACCGCUGGUCCAUGGACACCAAGGAGCUGCUGGUGUCGGUGCUGACCACACUGGGGCAAGUGGUGGGGGCAGAGGUCGCGGCGGCCCCCAGCAGCUGGUCCAGAGCUCUGUUCUGGCUGUACAACAAGGUGGAAGAGCUGGACUGGACAGUUCGGUUCCACCUGAAGCCUGUGUGGGGGCAGCACUUCAAAAACGAGGUGCCAUCAUCUCUGCUGGCUGUGUGUGAUUUGCCUGAACAGGAGUGGUCCGGAUUGGACCUGGCUCCGUAUGGCCAGGGCACGGGUCUUUUAGCCUGGAUGGAGUGCUGCUCUAUAUCCGACUCCCUGCAGUCCACCAUGCUGUCUUGUCUCUCCCUGGACCAGAAGAAGCCCGACCACGUCAACAUGUUCAGCAAAGGUCUGCUGGUGGCUCUGACUCAGACUCUGCCCUGGUGCUCUGUCUCCCAGUGGACCAGGCUGCUGAGAGCUCUCAGGGAGCUGAUCGUCUCCGGCCGCCUCCACGUCCCCUUCUCUUUGGAGUACGUGGACUAUCUCCCUCUCCUGGACCUCAGGAGGUUUUCAUGUGAGCUCCGUCUGUCUGUCCUGCUGCUUCGUGUCCUUCAGCUGCUCUGCGGGUCCAGCUGCUCUCACUGGCUGUCAGUAGACGGCUGGGCCCACGUCGGCAGGUUAUACGCCCACGCCGUGAGGGACGUGAUGAACUCUGUGAGAGCCAAGCUGCCUCUUCCUUCAUCUGCUGCUUCAACUGUCUCUGCUUUGACGUCAACUAAAACACCAGCGUCCAGAGACCCUCUGAAUGAAGCAGGAGACUCUCAGAAAUCAAAGGAGUCACCAGUGGAGGAGGCGGAGGAGGUGGGGGUGGCGGCUCCCAGCCAGGAGGUUCUGUUUGUUCUCAGCCAGCUCUUCUGCCACGUUCAACACGUCCAGGUGAUGAUGCCAGGAGGCCAGUGCGAGGCUCUGUUCCUGGCCAGUCUGGAGAUCCUCAGCCACUACGAGGCCAUCAUGGCCGCCUUCCCGGACAGCUGCAGCCCGCUGGAGAGCGACAACACCCGCCACUUCUUCUCCACCAUCACGGACAACCUAGACAGCGAGGAGAUGAAGUCGGUGCUGCAGCAGAAGAUCGCACAGCUCGUGUCGUCAGCAGCUUGACAAACAACGCGCUUGGAUCGUUUUUCACCGGAGAUGCAGAAAAGUACAUUUGAUCAAAUGUGGCCAAAUUACACUAACAGCGUCUGUACGACGUCGUUCCAGAGUGGUGGGUUAUGGAUCUGAGUGAAUAAACAUCCAGUAUUUCACUGCAAAUGUCUUGUGCUGACUCUGUAAUAUUCGUUUCCAGUAACUGGUUGCAGAGGCUGAGAGUUGUGUUUGGGGCAAUGCACACAAUGCCACUUAACCCUUCAGAAUUUUUUAGAUUUUCCAUAAAAAUGUUUUCAGUCCCUUGUUUUCAGUAUCAGUUGUGCCCGCCCUUGUGCAGCAACAACAGCAACUGAAUGUUUCCAGUAACUGCUGAUGUGUUGUCUACAACGGCUUGGAGAAACACAUCCUGACUGUGGAUCCCAAACACUUUAGUAAUGGUUUUGUAAACUAUUCUUCCAGCCUGAUGAGCAACAACUCUGUUUUAUUAGUGUGAUUGUCUCAUCUUUGUCUCCUCUCAGGGCUGAUGUUUUAUUUAUUAGCUGCGAAUCCAUUACUUUUUUGCAAAAUAAAAGCGACAUUUUUAAAAAUUCAAUAAA